GAGGACGUUUGAAAUUUAUGACGACCCCGAGCGCAAAUGUUUGGAGACAAGUCACAGCUGAUCUCUGAUUGGUCAUCGGAUGCUCAGCGCCACUUCAAAGCCACGAGGAAGGUACAAUUACCAAAGCAGUGAGAGAGGAAAACAGACCGAUCGCAUCAAGCUACCGAGAGCGCACGCACACACACAGACACACACACACACCGGCACACACACACACACACAAACAGCUGAAGAUAUCACUGCACAGUCCAUGGCUGCUACACUGCUAGGGGAGGAGCCACGGUUGGGCAGCACCCCGCUGGCUAUGCUGGCCGCCACCUGCAGCAGAAUUGGUGAGCCCAGCCCCUCGUGCUCCCCUGCUCUUUCCGAUGGAGCCCCAGGACUCAAAGGGUUUCACCCGUGGAAAAGGAGCUCCCAAGUCACCGGCAGCUUGAGUACCUGCCUACCCUCGUUAGGGGUUUCUUCUGGAACCUCAAGGAGUAGCGGGGCCGGACUGACUGAGACUUCUAGCGCUUUCUCGGUGACAGCAGCCAACUCUUGUUUAGGAAAUGAGUUUUCGAUGUAUCAAACUGCUAUGCCACCGGACAGCUGCGUUCCCAAUUCCGCACACGCACAACGGCCUGUGCUUCUGACCAAAUUUCCCUCCUCCGUGGAAGGCAUAGCGGGGAUAUAUCCGAGGAUGCAUGCACAUCCCUAUGACUCAUGGUUCAAACCCGUUGGGGAAACCGGUAACGGGCCCCCUGCUUGGUGGGAUAUGGGCACCAGCUGGGGGGAUUCACAGAACACAGUUGGGUUACCCUCUCCUUUAAGCAGCUACACCAGUGACUACAGCUCCAGCUUCAGCCCUGGUGCCUCUCAGCAUCUGCUCCCCACGGCGCAGCACUUCUUUGACGGCUUCAGGCCACCUGUUCCCACAGCCUACACAGAGCCUACGGCCACGACGGCACCUCCAAUUGCAGGUUCUCCAGGCGUUUCUUUGCCCCCAACUUCCCGCUCCUCCUCACGGCGCUAUUCCGGUAGAACAACUUGCGACUGCCCAAACUGCCACGAGGCGGAGAGCCUCGGCCAGGGACACACGAGCCCCCGGCGGAGGGGCUUGCACAGUUGUCACAUUCCAGGUUGUGGCAAAGUUUACGGCAAAACGUCUCACCUGAAGGCCCACCUGCGCUGGCACACCGGGGAGAGGCCGUUUGUCUGCAAUUGGCUUUUUUGCGGAAAACGCUUCACGCGCUCCGACGAGCUCCAGCGGCACCUGCGCACCCACACCGGGGAGAAGCGAUUCGAGUGUUCCUUCUGCCACAAACGAUUCAUGCGCUCCGACCAUCUCAGCAAGCACGCGAGAACCCACAGCCCGGAGGAUGGCGGAGAGCGGGGGCUAACUAAAGGGACCAGCGACACGGACAAUACCCGAAGUCCGAGCCAGUCUCCUGGACUGAUACUGCACGCACGCGAAAGUACCGGUGGACAGAGAGCGGUGGAAUAAUUUACAAACUGAACCCGAAUGGGCGUUUGAUUUACACUGUGCCAGCCUGAGUUUUAAGAACUGAAACAGCACUUUAUGGAUAACUUCAGUUAUGAACUAUUCUGCGUAUACCUCAUCUAUUAUUUGUACCUUUCUUUAAAAUUUUUUUCACUUUGUCGUUUAGUCUAUAAAAACUUUUAUUUGAGAACGUGUUGUAUUGUAUUUAUUUUACCAGCUUUUUUAAAAAAGACCCCCCCCCCCCCCAAAAAAAACCCAACCCGAAUAGCCUUUCAUAAUUGUCUUUGACCAAAUUUUUGCAAUGAGUAAAUUUAUCUCUUUAUUUUAUUGUAUUGUUGAGAGACUACGAUUUUAUAAUUUCCGUGCUUGUAAAUCACGACAGGAUUAAUAAAUGGGGCAAUUUUUAAUAUCUACCCAAAUACAUUAAGUUUUUGUUUUUUGAAUUUGCCUUUUGAGACACUGUCCUAGUUUUCUUGGGGAAUUACGAAUGUAUGAAACAGUUUACAACGAUAUCAGAUCUUUCUUGACUAUUUAAAACCAGGCAAAAACCACAUAACCGUUAAGCACUAUUACCAAUUCCACACUGGAAAAUAUGUUUAUUCAUACAAGUUGUUCUGAAAAUUAUUAUUAUUUUUUUUGUAGGCCUAUAUGCACCUUUGGCAUUAUCAGUGCAUACAAUACCUUUAAAUGCAAUGA